AUGACCUUCUCCAGUAUGGCGGUGACGCCUGUACGAGCCAAAGAUAUUGCCCCCACAAAGCUAUCCAUCAAAAACCGAUCUGAAUACCCUUCCAAAGGCUUUCCUAGAACUCUGGAGGAGCUGCACAUUAAUGAUAUCAAGCGAUGUGGAGUAGACACUGGUAUAUUCCAAUUAUCUAAGCUUAGAAUACUUGAUCUGAGCAACAAUAUCAUAGAGUUUGUGCCAGAGGCUCUUAAUUUAUUGCCUAACUUGAAAGAAUUGAAUCUUUCACACAACUCCUUGCAUUUGAGUAAGGCUAGACAGUGGGAUUGGCUGGGGGGUAACCUGUCAAAGACUUUGCAAUCACUGGAUUUGAGUCAUAAUGAACUUAUAGUUGUACCAAAUCAGAUCAGUAAGCUGCACCAGUUGAGUACACUGCUUCUCAAUUCAAACUGUUUGAGAGGGCUACCUGCAGGCAUAGGCAACUUGAAGAGCCUUAAGGUGUUUUCUGCUUCGAAAAACAAUAUUUCUUCUCUACCUGGGAGUAUGAAGAAGCUGAAGCUGCAAUCAAUUGAUGUCUCACACAACAGUUUUCUACAGGACAUACCCAGAAGGGCAGCGACAAUCUCCAACCCCCUACCCGUAUGCACCCUCAAAGAAUACUCUUCAAGAAAAGUGCUAGGAGCCAGAUUGGCCUACCCCCCGGGUUCUCUACCCUCAACUGUCAUCCACUACUUGGACAACGCCAACUACUGCGUCUGCGGCCGCGCAUGCUUCCAAGUCUACGUCAAGAGCUCGCAUCACCUGAUGCUGACCAGUAUCGCCGAAACGGUGAACACUUCCGUGGGAGAGAAGAUGUUCGUGCCCAUGGACUGUUACUUUUGCUCGAUGAAGUGCUUCAGUGUGGCUUUUCAGGCGCGGAAUAGAAAUCCUAUCGUUAGGUAG